UCGAAUAAAUGAAUCAUUUCGUUCCCUGUCAAAGCUAUUUAUUAUUAUUGAUUAAUAUUGAUUAUCUAUUUAUGUAGGUGGCCCAUACCCUGUUCCCCAAACAGACCUUUACGUUCUGUCUAAUACCCACUGGUACCCGUCUCUGAGUCCUUGACUCUGGAAAUCAGCUUUUCGCUCCUAAUUAAACAACCAGUCGGUGGUUCAGUACGCGGUCUCAUUCUAGUAAGAAUCAAUCGCCUGCGAUAUGACGCUUUCCUGUCCAGAAGUAACCACAUACAGUCCUGCCUCAACCUCGAAAGCUCAAGUAGAGAUUGACGAUGAAAUCGUGGCGCUUGAGGAGAGAAUGCGAGCUCUUCGGAUACGCAGAAACAGUCUCUCUCCCAUAUCUUCACUCCCCCCAGAGAUCCUUGGCGCCAUUUUCGUCCAUCAUGUUCAGCAGACGCAGUUGCUUUAUCAGGAUAAUCCUGAGGCCCCUGCUAUUCUUUCAUGGCUCAACGUUGGACAUGUGUGUCGCCAUUGGCGCGAGGUUACCCUCGGAACACCAGAGUUAUGGUCUGCACCGUUUCUCAAUUCUUCACAAGCCACGGAGGAAAUGCUCGUGAGGUCCAAAAUGGCUCCUUUGAAAUUGAGAGCCGGUUCUCGAUAUCGUAUGGACUGCGUCCAAAUGGCGUUGAUGCACAUAGAGCGUUUGCAGGAGAUCUCUCUCAACCUGUCCCCCGGUGGUAGCACGACGUAUGUCACGCACCACUGCAUUACGGAACUCCUCUACAAAUUAUUAUCUUGUUCUGCUCCCAAACUACAAUCGCUUGCUUUGGAAGUAGGGCAUGGACAAACACCACGCAUAGCAAUUCCCACUUCUUUCCCCGCACCCAACCUUCGCAACCUUCAAAUCAAUCACUGUGAUCUAUCAUGGGCAUCUUCCUUCCUCACAGGACUCACUGUCCUUGAUAUCAAAAAUCUAUCACCUGAAUGCCUUCCGACUUUAGACCAGUUGAUCUCUGCGCUCCGUCGUAUGCCUGCUCUGCACUCUCUUACACUAGAAGAUGCUCUUCCGAUUCUUCCCCCCCAAAUGGUGUCACUCUCUCCUACAUCUCGUGCCAUGAACGUUAGACUUCCCCACUUGAAACGGUUGUGUUUGACGGCGAAAACAUUGGAAGUGGCCAACGUGCUAGCUUGCAUUGAAUCAACAGCAUCGGAAGUUCAACUCAUAUGCCGAGCAUCUUCAGAAAAUCCAAAUCGAGAAUGGAAUUUGAGCAUCCCCAUCAUCUCUCGUGUCUUGGAACGUUGCUUCAAAGGCAGUCCAGAUAAGUCUCGACAAAUCCCACGUUCCAUGCAACUGUCCUCCCCUUUUGGCAUCAUUCGUUUGCAUUAUAGCACGAUCCGGAACCCUCCCUCGUGGGGAUUAACGUCUUAUCUGGAUCUGGAUUUGUCGGCGGAGUGGUCUGUCAUUCUUGAUUUUUAUUCUCCUGAUGAUGACGUGAGGAGGACAAUCCUUUGCGACUUGCAGAGGAUCGUUCCUCUUGGGAGUAUUGAGGCCAUGUACUUCGACUUUUUCUUCGCUUGGGAUGGUUUCUGGACUGAUAUUCUUGGCCGCGGCGCUGCCCGUAAUCUUUCAUACAUGCACUUGCGAGGGACAGACCCGGUUCUCGAAGAACUUCUUAAAUCCCUGCGUUCACGGAAGCAUAGUGUUUCGCGGCCCGUAGGCUGGUGUUCACAACAGGGACCCAUUUUUUCCCCAGCACUCUCCCAUCUUGUCCUUCACCACCUAGAGUUUGACUCCUCUAGCUCGAACUUGAUUCGACCCUCUGAUCUCCUUGAUGUGCUCAUCGAUCGCGUCAACGGAGGUCAAGGGUUAGACCGCCUUGAGAUUAUUCAAACCUCGGGUAUCUUCGCCCGUGACGUGCAGUUGCUGCGAGAGGUGGUGGCCGAUGUGAGCUGGGAUGAAUAUGAAAGUUCCGUCGAAACCUUCGACCUCGACUCGGAUGUCUAUGACAUGGAAGAAGAAGAAUAUUACGACGACGAUGAUGAUAUUUACAGUGACGGAUACUCUUCCUGAAAAUCAUGCUGGGUGCAUUGCAUCCAUAGUUAGGAUACAAUUUUGUGGUGUCCGAUUCUGCUUUCUGUUGUAUAUGAUUGUCACAUUAUCAUAGUCCUUUGGAAUUUAAGCAAC